GAGGAUGCCAAAAACAAGUUUUGCUAAUGAAGUUUGUGUUCGGGGAGGUAGGAUAAUGACGAAUUCAAGUUUGAAAGAAUACUUCCAAAUAGCUGUGAAGGAAAAGGAUGAUGAAAGUGCAAACGACGUAGCACGUGUGCUAACACUGUAUCUUAUCUCGAUGGUGUUUCUCCCAAGCACAGAGUCAAGGGUGAGCUGGAAUUUAAUUGAGUUCGUUGAAGACUUGGAUAAGAUCAGCUCCUAUGACUGGGCAACAUUCUUUACAGACAAGCUCAUAAGGCAAUUGAACGACAAUAUUGAAACACCGGCAUCAACCGGGGGCUGCAUAACAGGGCUCCUGUAUUGGUUGUGUGAGCACGUGAAAUUGGUAAGCCAAAGAGAUCCAACAAACUUCCCGAGGUUCGUCAAGUGGAGGUUUACCGACCUUAGUGUUGGUUUGGCAGAUAACCCGUUGGAUGUUCUUGAUCCGUUAAUCGUGAACGACUCAGAGUUGGAGGCAACAGAAUUGGAAAAAGAGUUGUUUGGAUUUGUUGAGGUGCCGGAAGAUGAUCAUGUGAAGCCAGAAGAUGAGCAGGAUAAAGAUGGUGAUGACCCGGACCAUGAUGAUGCAAAUACAGAGCUUCAAAAAGAAAAUGAAUUCGUUCGAGAAAAAAUCAAAAGGUUGACCGAGGAGAAUGAGCAAAAAGAUGCUACAAUUGCCCAUCUUCAAAAAAGAAUUUCGGAGCUUCAAGACGAGACAUAUGAGAAAACAGUUGUUGAACAUUUUGAAGUGGAGACUGCUCAUGUUGAGAGGGAUUUUUUGUGAAAGAGAUUGAGCAUAAGAAAGUUGAGAUCUGCAACGUGCUCGUAGAGAACGACAUUAUAGCUGAAAAGCUAGAAAGAGCAGAGGGAACCAUUGAUGACAUAGAGACACAUUGUAUUACCCAACAAUUCAAG